GUCUUCGGCACGGCUUACUGCACCGCGCUCUACCUGCGCCAGCGCCUGGCUGGGGCACCGGCACCCAAGGCCUACGUGCUGGGGAGCCCCGCGCUUGCGACCGAGCUGGAGGCUGUGGGCAUCGCCAGCGUGGGCGUGGGGCCCGAGCCGCUGCGGGGCGACAGCCCGGGCGACUGGCUGGCCGCGCCGCUGGAGCCGGGCGUGCGCGCCGUGGUGGUUGGCUUCGACCCGCACUUCAGCUACAUGAAGCUCACGCAGGCCCUGCGCCACCUGCAGCAGCCCGGCUGCCUGCUUGUGGGCACCAACUUGGACAACCGGCUCCCGCUGGAGAACGGCCACUUCAUCGCCGGUACUGGCUGCCUCGUACGUGCCGUGGAGAUGGCUGCCCAGCGUCAGGCGGACAUCAUUGGGAAGCCGAGCCGCUUCAUCUUCGACUGCGUGUCCCAGGAGUAUGAUAUCAAUCCGGAGCGCACAGUCAUGGUGGGGGACCGGCUGGACACAGACAUCCUCCUGGGCGUCACUUGCGGCCUGAAGACCAUUCUGACCCUUACGGGCGUGUCCACACUGGAGGAUGUGAAAAGGAACCAGGAAAGUGACUGCCUGUCAGAGAAGAAGAUGGUUCCUGACUUCUAUGUGGACAGCAUAGCCGACCUGCUAGCCGCCCUUCAAGACUGAAGGAUGCCUGUCUUUCUGCUCCAGAAUAAAAAAAAAAAAAAAUUUUUUUUUUUUUUUUUGGAAAAAUCACUUCCCCAAAUUACUAGGAGGGACUUCAGGCAGCCCACAGCUAGAGGGCUUCCAGCCCUAUACCACUUCCCACCGUCCUCCUAGUGGAACCUCAUAAGCGACGCUUGUGGAGGUGGGGGAACUAGGCACCUUUGUUUACAGAUGCUUGUAUUUUUAAGAUGCACUUUUGAAGCGUGAAGGGCUUUGAGGGGGUUUGAUAUCUGCCCGGGCUCCAAGAAAACCC